CUGCAAACCAGGUAAAAUUCACUUUUGGAUAAUAUGAAAGCUUAGUAAAACCAGCUAGAAUAAAGUCUCUAAAAACCUAAGAAAUCUUUUAAGAUUUAUGAAGAUUUAUUGUUGGAAAUUAGAUCUGAGUUUUUCUCCUAUUUAAUAAAGAGGUUUACAUCUGAUUUCUAAUUUCUGAACAUUGAGCAUUUUUAAUUGGAUAAAAUUUUGGAAUUAUAUUGGGAGAUAGGACUUAGUAAAAAUAAUUAAAAAGAAUUAAUGAAAAUCUUAUAGAAGAAAUUAAUGCUGAAAAGUAUUCUUGAUUAAGGAUAAUUUAAUCUGAAAUUAUUUACCUCAGAUUAUGUAUUUAUAAGUGAAUGUAUAACUACAUAAAUUACAAAUGAAAUCAAAAAUAAUAAUUAGAGCUUUAAAAUCUCUGCUAACUUCUAUGUAAUAAAAUUUUUUAGAUUGGAUGAGUUUGGAGAGUUUCAAAGAAUUGGUUUAUCAAUUAAUGCUUAAAGUUGCCACUCUUUAAUUCCAUAGCUUGAGGAGUAACUUUAAAAAGUAAUCAAAAAAUGGAAACAAAUUAAAAUAAUUAUUUUUUCAGUGAGCAAGUUCAACAAAGAAUGCAUAAAAGCAAUUUCCAACUAAAUAUUUAAUUUAUAUUCCAAUUUCGAACUAAAAUUUUAUUUUUUCGAAGAAAGUAAGAAGGAUCAGAGCCAAUAAGAUGGAUAACAAUAAACUUUGAUUUCAGAAUAACAAUUGAUUCUUUUAGAAAACGACUUUUUUUAACACCGAUAUGAACUCCAUAACUAAGAUUAUUUUUAGCCUUUUAAGUAAUUGAGUGAGAAUUUGGAUCAAGAGUUGAUGCGCUUUGAAUGUAAAGUAAAUUUAAAAAUAAUUACUUAUAGAUCCAUAAUGAAAAAAUUAGAAAUUUAUGAAAUUAUAAUCAUAUAUUAUACCAGUAUUUAAGAUUUUUUUAAUUGCCUUUUAGUAUUUAUUACACCC